AUGUCUCCAUCCAAGGACUUCGAUCCUAAUGAUGGCGACGACGAAGACACCGGUCGUCUCUUCAUCGUUGCGAAUCGUUUGCCUAUUUCAAUCAAGCAAAGGAAGGAUGGAACCUUCGACUUCACUACAUCGUCUGGCGGCCUGGCCUCCAGUUUGGCAGGUCUUAGCCAGAAGGUGAAGUUUCUCUGGUUUGGCUGGCCCGGGGUCGACGUUCAUCGCAAUGACAAGGACGAGCUUCGAAAGCGUAUGCAGAAUGAAUAUGGAGCAGUACCAGUCUUUCUUAGCAAACAGCUGGCUGAGGCCCAUUACAAUGGAUUCGCCAAUUCCACGUUGUGGCCACUGCUUCAUCGCCUGCCGGAAAAGGCUUCCAGCAAGAGCGAAUGGUCGGAUGCUUACAAAGAGGUCAAUGAGACCUUUGCAGACGUCCUGUUACCUCAUCUCGAAGAUGGCGACACUGUCUGGAUCCACGACUAUCAUCUGCUCUUACUCCCAACUGCUCUCAGAGAACGACUACGGAAUAAGAAAGUGCGGCUGGGGUUCUUCCUACACACGCCCUUUCCUAGUGAAGACUACUACUCGAUCUUGCCCUUCCGAGAAGCUAUCUGUAACGGGCUCUUCAACUGUGAUGUGAUCGGAUUUCAUGUCCCAGAGUAUGUGGCUAGCUUCUUGGAUUCGGCUGAAAAGGCAUUGCCGGACGUCGAAAGAAGUCCUCAUGAUCUUCAUUACCAGGGUCGGAAAAUUAUCGUUCACCACUUUCCCAUCGGCAUAGACCCAACACAGUUCCACAGAGCAUUGCAGCAGAAGGAUUCCGAGGAAGAGUUCCAACACCUUCUUAACACAUUCAAGGGCAAGAAGCUUUUGGUCUCCGUGGACCGUCUCGAUUACAUCAAAGGCAUACCUCAGAAACUCACAGCCUUUGAUCAUUUCCUGACCGAGCAUCCGGAGUAUGCUGGCAAAGUCGCACUGGUACAGCUCGCUAUCCCUUCUCGUGAAGGCGUGCCGGAAUACAAUCAGCUCAGAGACGAAGUCGAGCGUCUAGUCGGACGGGUCAAUGGCCGACACAGCACGACAAGCUACACACCUGUGGUCUACCUGUAUCAGAGCUUGGCAUUUCCGAAACUUUGCGCCCUAUAUGCUGCAGCAGAUGGCUGCGUUGUGUCUUCGGUUCGGGAUGGCUUGAACCUGGUGUCGUAUGAAUUCAUUGCGUGCCAAAAGCGAAAGGCCGAUGAUAAGGAGGGCGUUGGUCCAGGUCUGUUGCUGUUGUCGCACUAUACCGGUGCGAGGACGAUGCUUGGGUCAUCCCUUAUCUUCAACCCUUGGGACACGCCGCGGUUUGCAGAGACUAUCAAGACAGCACUAGAGAUGCCACGAGAAGAGCGACAAAAGCGGUAUGAAGAGGCUGCCGAGGUGGUUGAGUCGAGGACGAGUUUGCAGUGGGGUCUAGACUUCUUGGAAACGAUGAAGACUCUGAAGAUCAGUCCUGAUGAAGAGCCUGCAGGUGUGCAGCAGGACGCUGAGGCCAUGAAGUGA